AUGGAGGGAGAGGAGAAGCCAACUCAAGAGACUGAUAUGGAACCCGUGGUAACAUCAGGGGCCUCAGAAACAGUUCCAAGGGUGCCUUCUGGAGACCCUCAAAACAUCUCUGAUGUCGAUGCCUUCAACUUGCUGCUGGAGAUGAAACUGAAGCGGCGGCGUGAGCGGCCCAACCUUCCACGUACUGUGACCCAGCUAGUGGCAGAGGAUGGGAGCAGGGUAUAUGUGGUGGGCACUGCUCACUUCAGUGAUGACAGCAAGCGGGAUGUAGUGAAGACUAUCCGGGAAGUACAGCCCGAUGUGGUAGUUGUGGAACUGUGUCAGUACCGUGUGUCCAUGCUGAAGAUGGAUGAAAGAACGCUGCUACGAGAGGCCAAGGAGGUCAGCCUGGAGAAGCUGCAGCAGGCUGUCAAGCAGAAUGGGCUCAUGUCCGGACUCAUGCAGAUGUUGCUACUGAAGGUGUCUGCCCAUAUCACUGAACAGCUAGGCAUGGCCCCGGGUGGCGAAUUCAGGGAAGCCUUCAAGGAGGCCAGCAAGGUACCAUUCUGCAAAUUUCACCUGGGUGACCGGCCCAUCCCAGUCACCUUUAAGAGGGCCAUUGCAGCACUCUCCUUCUGGCAGAAGGUCAAGCUGGCCUGGGGCCUGUGCUUCCUGUCAGACCCAAUCAGCAAAGAUGAUGUGGAGCGCUGCAAGCAGAAGGACCUGUUGGAGCAGAUGAUGGCAGAGAUGAUUGGGGAGUUUCCUGACUUGCAUCGAACCAUUGUCUCAGAGCGUGAUGUCUAUUUGACCUAUAUGCUGCGUCAGGCUGCACGGCGCCUUGAGCUUCCCCGAGCCUCUGAUGCUGAGCCCAGGAAGUGCGUCCCAUCUGUGGUUGUGGGUGUCGUUGGCAUGGGUCAUGUGCCUGGCAUUGAGAAGAACUGGAGCACCGACCUCAACAUCCAGGAGAUCAUGACAGUUCCCCCUCCAUCCAUCUCGGGCAGAGUGUCCCGGGUGGCCGUGAAGGCUGCCUUCUUUGGCCUGCUGGGCUACAGUCUGUACUGGAUGGGCCGUCGAACCAUGAACCUGGUCCUAUCACUGCCUGCUGCGCAGUUUUGCCUCCAGAGAGUGAGUGAGGCCCGGCCAGGCCGGUAGGAGGACCAUGGAAAGAAGAGACCACACCCAGGGGCUCUACUCCUCUGCAUCACAUCCGGUGCUCCCGAGGAACUGGCACCACCUGUCCAGGGAUGUCCCUGGGUGCAGAUGCAUCCAAGCCACCCCCUAUGGGGGCCUGGGCUAGGCUUACCCUACCUUCCUUAUGCCCAGCCCACCCAAAUAAAGAAUAUUUAACUGUCUGAGCUCAGGCUUCCCAGCAGCCCCAAACACACACUGUAGGGGCCACCCACGGGCAUCAGGGCCGUCCACAGUGUCAGGACCCAGCAGCCUAAUUUCAGGAGGGCCAGAAGCUGAGAAGAGGCACUAAAGUGCCCCAUGCCUAACCCCAGGGUGGGCCUGGCAAGCUGUUGCUCUACCUACCUCACUGUGCCUUGUGCUCUGGCUGGCAAGAGCAUCUGGCCCUGAGUGCAUCUCACUGUGGGUUUGGGGCCGGCAAGUUUGGGGAGGUGGGUGUCCAUGUAGCUCCUUCCUGUGGGUGUGUAGGGUCUUUGGCUGGCCUGGACAUGCAUGUGGCAUUGCCAGUUGCAUCUCUGCCUGCAGAGAGUCUGUGGUUUGGUUUUUUUGUUUUUUAAUGUCAAAAAGUUUUUUACUCAGGUAAUUUUGACGUCAAAGAAAAAACAAACUCAAGCAAAUACCAGGAAAUACAAGCCUUAAAUCCAGUGAGGACAAAGAAAUCUUUUUAUUUGUAUUUGUGUGCCCCAAGUGGGCAGUGUAUCUUAGAGCGUCAGCUUGCAGAAGGGUCCAAGCCAGCCCCUGCUGGACUCCACAACAGCUCAGUGUGGUGUGGGGCUGCCUCAGAUAUCAGCCUGCUUCCCUGGCUGCCCUUGGUGCCUGGAGGGGCUAGGCCUGAUUCCUGUGGAUUAGGUGGAAUGCCCAAACUGCACUGUGGACAGUAGUGGACCCACCAUGGGCCACAAACCUAGGGCCAUGGUUGGCUUGGGCAUACCUAGCCAUUCACGUGUACAGGCUGUGGCUCCUGGCAUACUAUAUAGCCUGGCAAGACCAAGACCAUUCUGAUUAUCCUUGUGUUGACUGCCAAAUCAAGUGAAACACUGAGCUGGGCAGGGGAUACAGGGCUGGUUGGGCUAUGUACUUCUGUCUCACACUCGUGGAUUCAUUCCCUAGAAAGAAAAAUAAAUUUUAAUUUUGGAAGCUC